AUGGGACAAAUACUCGACAAGCCCGUUACCGAGAAGACAACACACGUUGGCCGUAAUGGUUAUUGUCAAUACGGAUGCAGUAGUAUGCAAGGUUUUCGUUUGUCAAUGGAAGAUAGGCACAACUUUUUUACGGAAUUGCCUCGCUUUACUCCUCCUAAAGUACAACAAGCGGUAGAGACCGGAGACGUACAUUUGUCGUUUUUUGCUGUUUUUGACGGCCAUUCGGGCGACACAUGCGCAGAAUAUCUCUCAAAGAAUCUAUUAAAAUAUGUGCUAAAUGAAGAAAUUGAAAAUAAUCUAAAUAUUACACCUUGGAGUCUUUUAAAUUCGGACCAAAAUAUUGAGCAAGGAUUUAUGAAAACUGAUGCAGAGUUUGAUAAAUCAUGUGCUGGAGUGGACGAUAGCGGUUCAACUGCAACAACCUUAACUGUGAAGAGAAUUGGAAAAGACAAACUGGAAGUUAUUUGCGCUAAUACUGGAGAUUCCAGAACAAUAAUGCAUUACAAAGGAAAAACAGAACCCUUGAGCUAUGACCACAAACCUCAUGUGAACAGUGAAAAAACAAGAAUUGCAAAAGCUAAAUCCUAUGUCGAAUUUGGAAGAGUCAAUGGUACUCUAGCUGUUUCAAGAGCAUUCGGAGACUUGACCUACAAGAAAUAUGAUAAGCUUCCACCAGAAGAGCAAGCAGUCAUUCCACUACCAGAAAUUAAGCGAGUAAUUCUUGAUUUAAAUGACACGAGCGAAUACAAUUUUGCAAUAUUGGCAUGUGACGGUGUUUGGGACGUCAUGUCCAAUGCUGAUGCAACAAACUUUGUUUUACAACGAUUGCUGGAGCAAAAGAAUGGUACAUACAAGCGAUUGACAUAUCCAGGAGACCCUCCUCAACCGCCAAGUGAUCAUUCACAUGAUGCUCCAGAAAAUCAUUCUCCAACCUCAGGUUUCAAGUUUGACCUUGGUUCAAUUUGCGAGGAUGUCCUCGAUCAUGCAGUCAGAGGUCUCGACAGUAAGGACAAUGUCUCAGUUAUAAUUAUUCUCUUCCAAAGGGAUGAUGACUACGUGCCACCACAACAAUCGUUCAAUCUUCCUCCCAAUCAUUUUGCUGCCUCCAUGCAAUAA